AUGGACUUUCUGAGGUUUUCACUGUUUGAAGAUACAUGCCUUGCCGAAAAGGCACAGGUCCCUCGAGCAAAUGGUUUCCUCAACGCCGAGUGCGAGAAAAGCGGUUAUUUAAUGCCUUUUGGAUGGCGAAUUGGACAGAGGAGCCUCAGUUUUGGAAUUUAUUGCAUCCUCAUGGCUGGCGGUGCACUGUUCUUGGGAUGGAGUUGGUGGCGAAGACGGAAAUAUGAACUGUCGCGUCUAUCUGAGCUACAAGAAGAGAACAAACGCUUGAGAGAAGAAGUUGACUCUCUGUCUUUCCUGAAUCUUUCUUAUUCGAAGGGAUACGAGUUCACGAAGGAAAUGCUUUCAAGGAUAGAGAGCUUGGCGAAGGAGUUAAAAAAGCUUGCGAGACCAAUGGAAUCCAUGAGCGACGAAUAUAAAAGUCUGAUUUACGAAAUUUGCGAUGUGUUCGUCAACAGGAUUGCUGAGCUGACCAAAGAAACUCAAGAAUUAAGACUCAAAGUUGCGUCUUUAAAGGACGAUGCGAUUUGUUACAUAUGCUUCUCUUACCCGCGUAAACGCACGUUUGUCCCUUGUGGACACAGCUUUUGCGAGAGUUGCGCACAGAGGUUCUCUAGCAAUGGUUGUCCUCAGUGCCGUGCCCGAGUGGACUUCACCAUUUCUCGCUAUUGA